CUAGUGUCCGGCAGCAUGUUCAGCUGGGUGAGCAAGGAUGCCCGCAGCAAGAAGGAGCCGGAGCUCUUCCAGACGGUGGCCGAGGGGUUGCGACUGCUGUACGCGCAGAAGCUGCUGCCGCUGGAGGAGCACUAUCGCUUCCACGAGUUCCACUCGCCCGCGCUGGAGGACGCUGACUUCGACAACAAACCCAUGGUGCUCCUGGUCGGCCAGUACAGCACCGGCAAGACCACCUUCAUCCGCCACUUGAUCGAGCAGGACUUCCCGGGGAUGCGCAUCGGGCCGGAGCCCACCACCGACUCCUUCAUCGCGGUCAUGCACGGCCCCACCGAGGGCGUGGUGCCGGGCAACGCGCUCGUCGUCGACCCGCGGCGCCCCUUUCGCAAGCUCAACGCCUUCGGCAACGCCUUCCUCAACAGGUUCAUGUGUGCACAGCUGCCCAACCCGGUCCUGGACAGCAUCAGUAUCAUCGACACUCCCGGGAUCCUGUCUGGCGAGAAGCAGCGCAUCAGCCGAGGUUAUGACUUUGCGGCUGUCCUCGAGUGGUUUGCUGAGCGCGUGGACCACAUCAUCCUACUCUUUGACGCCCACAAGCUGGACAUCUCAGACGAGUUCUCAGAAGUUAUCAAGGCCCUCAAAAAUCACGAGGACAAGAUCCGUGUGGUGCUGAACAAGGCGGACCAGAUUGAGACCCAGCAGCUGAUGAAAGUGUACGGGGCUCUCAUGUGGUCGCUGGGGAAGAUCAUCAACACCCCCGAGGUGGUCCGGGUCUACAUUGGCUCCUUCUGGUCACACCCAUUGCUUAUCCCUGACAACCGGAAGCUCUUCGAGGCAGAGGAGCAGGACCUCUUCAACGACAUCCAGUCUCUACCCAGAAAUGCUGCCCUUAGGAAGCUCAAUGACCUGAUCAAGCGGGCCAGGCUGGCCAAGGUCCAUGCCUACAUCAUCAGCUCCCUCAAGAAGGAGAUGCCCAAUGUCUUUGGGAAAGAGAGCAAGAAGAAAGAGCUGGUGAAUAUCCUGGGAGAAAUCUACCAGAAAAUCGAGCGGGAGCACCAGAUCUCCCCUGGCGACUUCCCGAGCCUGCGCAAGAUGCAGGAACUCCUUCAGACUCAGGACUUCAGCAAGUUCCAGGCCUUGAAGCCCAAGCUGCUAGAUACAGUGGAUGAUAUGCUGGCCAACGACAUAGCCCGGCUGAUGGUGAUGGUGCGCCAAGAGGAGUCCCUGAUGCCCUCACAGGCUGUGAAGGGAGGGGCUUUUGAUGGCACCAUGAAUGGGCCCUUUGGGCAUGGCUACGGAGAGGGGGCUGGCGAGGGCAUCGAUGAUGUUGAGUGGGUGGUUGGCAAGGACAAGCCCACCUACGACGAGAUCUUCUAUACGCUGUCUCCUGUCAAUGGCAAGAUCACCGGUGCCAACGCCAAGAAGGAGAUGGUGAAGUCCAAGCUGCCGAACACCGUGCUGGGGAAGAUCUGGAAGCUGGCUGACGUGGACAAGGAUGGCCUGCUGGAUGAUGAGGAGUUUGCCCUGGCCAACCACCUUAUCAAGGUCAAGUUAGAAGGCCAUGAGCUACCUGCUGACCUUCCUCCACAUCUCAUCCCACCCUCCAAACGGAGGCAUGAGUGACAGCUGUGCUGACACACCCCCAAGCUCCAGGGCCCUGGCACUUUCUACCUGCCAGCGCCUUGCCUGCCCAUGUGGGCCUGAGCCCGGAGGGGCAGAGAUUUGGGGAGGGAAAGGGUCACCAUCUUUCAAGGUCCAUAAAGACUGAGCAGCGUUUCCUCACCUCUUGAAUAGGAAAACCACCAUCUUUCUUUUAAAGCUGUCGGGGGUUCAGCGGGGAGGCAUGGGUGAUGCUUGGAUGUGCACAAGAACCAUGAAUAUUUUUAAUAUAUAAUGUUAGAGGCAGCCUUCUUUCUUGCCUCCUCCUCUGUCUGGCAGCCCCACACUCAGCCUUUCCUUUUGCCCUGCCUUGCCCAGGCAGCCAUAGUGACUGGGGAUCCACCCCUCACAGCCCACCCUGGCACACCCAUGUGUAGACAGGGGCCCCCCAGCUCUCUCAGUUUGUUUUCAACCUGAGGUUUAUUCAUGGGGCAGUGACUCGCUUCCUGCUAGCACUCGGGGAAGCUGCUUCAGGUCUCUGCUGUGGUCGGGGUGCAUACCCUCCUGUUGCUUCCACACCCCGUCUCUGACACCCCAGCCAAUACAGCAGCCACAGGUUAAGACCCAGCCACUGUUAACUUUUGUGGGGACUGGAGGGGUGAGAGACGGUGUCCUCCAGGAAAACACAUAAGCUAGGCAUCGUUCUGUAAGCGAACUCUUUAUACUUGACCAGGUUUCCAGUAACUCCACAACACUUGUUCAAAGCUGUGAUCUUUGUCUUCCCUUUCCUGUACCCUAGCGUCCAUCAGUUCCAGCAGAGAGCAGACCCCUUGGCCUUGGCUCUGUAGUCUAGCUGAGGGAAGGCCAUCCUAGCUCCUGCUCUUGAGUGCUCUGAAAUGUCCUCACUUCAUCAGUCUUCACGGCAGCUUCCUGGAGCCCCUGGCUGCCUGGGGUGGGCAGUGGGGCCUGUGACCUGGGGUGGUCUGGUGCUGGUAAGAGGAAGCCUGUGGCUCUGGCCUGGGUGUAGUGGCCGAGCAGCAGGACAGGGGAAAACCCAACCCCUUCCCUCUCUUUCCUUCCUCCCUCCUCCCCUGCUGAGCCAAGGAGGUCUGGGUGUCCUGAGAUCCCCAGACCGAGCAGUAAGAAGCCAGAGCUAGCAAAUGACCACUUUAACCACCCCACUGCAGCCUCUGGGACAGGUACACCCUAUGGCCAGUGGUUGGCUGUCAGGGUGGGCUUUCUACUGAGGUGGGUGGGGCAGCUGCAGCCUGCUCAUCCCACACCGCAGGUGGGCUUCAGGGAGCUGCCUACCACCUCCCAGCACUGCUCUGGGCCUUGUUGAUGCUGAGCUCCAGCCUGCUAGCUCCCUGCCUCAGCUGAGAGUUAGGUGAGAUGACCUCACAGGUUCACUAAAGUCCAGCCGGCUCAAUCCUCACCUGUGUGUGUGGGGGGGGGGGGGUGCCUGAGCAAAGACUUUGUUCCUUGCAUUAAAGAAAGUUUAAU